GAUCUAUUCUUCAUUCAGAUGGCAAGCUCAUCAAUCCAUCCUCCUCCACAUGCUUUAGCACAAAUACAAGAAGACCUAAAGUACUUAUAUGCAUCAAAUACUAAUGUUUCUAACUUUGUCUCUGUGAAGCUUUCCAGCUACCGUAAUUACCAUCUGUGGAAGACACAGAUGUUUUCCCUCAUGGAGACUUACAAUCUGUACGGCAUUGUAGAUGCAACAUUUACCAGUCCAAGAGGUUUGAGCCCAGAGAUGGAGAAACAAUAUAAUAUUCUUGUCAAAGGUUGGAUCUUGGCUUCAAUUAGCGAAGAGGUCCUUGGCACUGUUGUUGAUCUUGAUUGUGCCAAAGAUGUCUGGGAGAAACUGAAAUCAUUCUAUGAUCAUACAACCGCAACUCCAGUUUAUGAAGAACUUUCGCUCAAUCGAAAAAGGAAGCAGAAACAGAUAGGAGAUAAAGUUUUGUCAGAAGAGAAUAUCACAAUUUCAUCCGAAAUACAAACAGUCGAUGAAGACAUAAAACGAAAAGGAAAAAACAAGAUCAUACGCAACAUGAAGUUGCGUCAAGCAAUUGCGGAAGGAAAUUGGAGGGAAGUAGAGUCCAAACUAUCAUCGAGUAAAGGCGCAGACAUAGAGCUCAUAGACAGUGAUGGGAACACCAUGCUUCAUAUAGCCGUUGGAUUACGUCGUAACCGUAUACUCAGACAUUUAUUAGAGUUUACAGACGAAGUAAACUUACGGAUAAUGAGAAAUUUUGAUGGAAACACACCCCUGCACAUAGCUGCAAUCGUUGGCAACACAAAAGCAGCAUCACUCUUGGUAAAAAAAAACAGAAGAUUGUUGGAAAUUACAGACCAUAAAGGUGAAAUACCUUUAGACAAAGCUUAUGAAAAUAUGCAUCUUGACACCAUAGAAUAUUUGUUGAAAGCUGCGAAUGAUGUCGAUGGAAAAUCCAAGGCUGGUGUAAAAGUAGGCGUUAACCUUCUUGUUAAUGCUGUUACUGCAAAGCAAUAUGACUUAGCAACACAGUUAGUCAAGAAGUCUCCUGAAUUUGUUGUGGAAAAUGAUAAUAUACUUCUGGCAAUAACUAGAACUUUUCCAAUGGGGCUGGAUUACUGGGAAAUGCUUAUAUAUCCAAAUAUGGGUGAUAUUUGUGAAAGGAUAGUCAUGAGAGCCAGGGACUCGUUUAAAGUAUUAGUAUACUACUGCAAAGACAUGAUGUGUAUAAUAGAAGAUGUACAUGAUGACCUGAUCUUUGGUCCAUUAGCCAUGCUUCGUUGGAUUUAUUACAUGAUUCACCUACUCAUAUUGAUGUUUUAUUUUCCUAUCUUUGUGUUUUAUUUCCUCUUCUGGAAGGUUGCAACCAGAGUAGUUCCACCAAUUAAGCGUAUCGAGAAGAAAAUGAAGGAACAGAAAGCAGCAAAAGAAGUUUUAAAAUUGGUAUGUGAUGAAAUAGAGAAGUUGGAAUUCCCUGAUGCUCAUCCUCUGUAUUAUAGAGUUGUUCUUGAGGCUGCACGUCAAAACAUUUAUGAGGUUGUUGAUGAGAUUUUAAUGAGAUCUCCUAAAGCAGUUCGAUAUAAAGAUGAGAGUGGGUAUGACGUUAUACAGUUAGCAGUUAUACAUCGUUCAGAAAAAGUCUACAACCUUAUCCAUACCAUUGGGGAGCGUAAGAGUGUUUACAGAACGAUCGAAGAUUCUUCUAAGAACAAUAUGUUGCACUUGGUUGGAAGAUUACCUCCUUUUCAGAAACUCAGACAUAGAAGAGGCCCAGCAUUACAGCUACAAAAAGAGCUUCACUGGCGCCAGGAAAUUGAGAAGCUCGUGUUUCCCACUGGCACUAUAAAAGAUAACACUUUCAAAGAGACACCAGAUAAGGUGUUCAGAAGGGAGCACGAAAAUAUGGUGAAGGAAGCAGAAAAGUGGAUGAAAGCAGUAGCAGAAUCAUGCAGCAUCACUGCAGCACUAAUUACCACAAUUGUGUUUGCGGCAGCCAUUACAGUACCAGGUGGAAGCAAUCAAGAAACAGGCAUCCCGGUGUUUACAAAAGAAAUAGCUUUCACGAUCUUUGCUGUAUCAGAUUCAAUCUCACUAUUUGCAUCCAGCACAGCAUUACUGAUGUUCUUGUCGAUCCUCACAGGAAGUUUUGAUGAGAGAGAUUUUCUAGUCAUUUUGCCAAGACGACUGAUGAUUGGUCUUUGUGCGUUGAUGCUAUCUACAACUGCCAUGAUGGUGGCCUUUGGGGCAACGUUGUUCAUUGUCUUUUCUCAUAAAAGACCAUGGAUGCUUGCUCCAAUUUGUUUAUUAUCUUCGGUCCCGAUUGCGACUUUUGGUGCUCUUCAAAUCCCCCUCAUAAUGUUAUCUAUGAAUCCACCACAAGUUCAUUUAAAUGCACCCGAACCCAGAGCCAGACCCGAACCCGAAUCCGAAUUUGAAUCCGAACUCGAAUCUGAAUCCGAAUCCGAAUCCAAAACCAAACCCGAACCUGAAUUCGUUACACAUGAUGAACCUGACUAG